CCUCGCAUCCCAUUGAUUUGGGCUCGGCGCCAGCGCUACGAUCGAGAACGCAGUCGUCCUCCGGGAGACAGACAGCAAGAGGAACCAAGAAAACAACAGUAACCCCGCCCACACCUGCUAUCGCGACCACCUGUGGCUUUGACUAGUCAUGGCGAAUCCGUUGCAGUUUGCCUACCGAACCCAGAAGGCCAUCGGCGUCUUCGACGCCGCCCCUGUCUACGAGGAGCUUCCUGGGUUCGAGAAGCCCGAAGGGAACCUCCGGUGCUGUGUCUAUUCGCCUUGUGGCCGCUACUUCGCAUACGCCUCUAAUGAGGGUGUCGUUGUUGCUGAUGCCUCGGUCGGCCACGUGCUGACCUCGCUCCCCAUUGCCAACGCCUUCGAGCUCGGAUUCUCUCCCCGCGGCAACUACCUGAGCACUUGGGAGCGACCUGCCAAGGACGAAAACGGCGACGCCACCAAGAACUUGAAGAUCUGGCGCACCAUCGAGGACGUCGCUGAGGGAGCCGAGAAGGAGCCCCUUGGCAAGUUUGUCCAGAAGUCGCAGUCGGGUUGGAACCUGCAGUACACGGCCGACGAGAAGUACUGCGCCCGCAUCGUCACCAACGAGGUGCAGUUUUACAACAGCAACGACUUCUCGACUGUCUGGAACAAGCUGCGUGCCGAGGGUGUGACCGACUUUGCCAUCGCCCCCGGCCUGAACCAGAACGUUGCCGUCUUCAUCCCGGAGCGCAAGGGCCAACCCGCUGCCGUGAAGGUCUACAAUGUGCCCUCGUUCGCCAGCCCCAUCUCCCAAAAGACCUUUUUCAAGGGCGACAAGGUGCAGCUGAAGUGGAACGCGCUGGGAACGAGCCUGAUUGUGCUGGCACAAACAGAAGUGGACAAGUCGAACAAGAGCUACUAUGGCGAGACGACCAUGUAUCUCUUGAGCGCCAACGGCUCGUUCGACGCCAGGAUCACGCUCGACAAGGAUGGGCCGAUCCAUGACGUUGCCUGGUCCCCCAACUCGACCGAGUUUGGCGUCAUCUACGGUUUCAUGCCCGCGAAGACGACCAUCUUCAACCACCGCGGCGUGGCCAUCCACUCGUUCCCGCUCGGCCCACGCAACACCAUCAUUUUCUCCCCCACGGGCCGGUUCACCCUGGUUGCCGGCUUCGGUAACUUGGCCGGCCAGAUCGACGUCUACGACUUGGAGAAAGACUACCGCAAGAUCUGCACCAUCGAGAGCGGCAACCCCAGUGUCUGCACCUGGAGCCCCGACAGUCGCUACAUCAUGACUGCGACCACGUCGCCUCGCCUCCGCGUAGACAACGGCAUCAAGCUCUGGCACGUCGGUGGCGGCAUCAUGUACAACGAAGAUAUGGUCGAGUUGUAUAAUGCCAUGUGGCGUCCCAUCCCCGCAGAAAAUCUUCCCGCCGGGGAUCCUUUGCACCCCGUGCCGACCCCGCACGCCUCCGGCAUGGCCUUCCUCGGCACGGUCAAGACCCCGUCCAAGCCCGUGGGAGCUUACCGCCCGCCCGGUGCGCGCGGCGCCUUGACUCCGCUGCACUUCAAGCGCGAAGACGAGGGUGGCGCCGCCCACGUCGUCAGCAACGGAACUGCCUCGAUCGGCCCCAACGGCUUCGGUCGUCCGCGUCACCUGGUUCCGGGAGCGGAGCCCGCCGGCCGUUCCGUUCCCGGUGCGGCGCCCGCCGACGACGGGAACGCGGCCAAGAAGAACAAGAAGAAGCGGAACAAGAAGGCCAAGGAGGGCGACGCUGCCGCGGCCGCUGGCGCCCCCACCGAAGGCGGGCUUGCGCCCUCUCCCCGCGAGUACGGAAGCGCCUCGGGCAACGAAGGCCGCAGCCCUGAUCGGCGCGGCCAGCACCACGCCCGCAGCCGCUCGCGCCACAACAAUGCCAACAACAAUGGCAACAACCUGCAACCCGGCUCGCGCAACCGCAGCAACACCCAACGCGCCGCCUCCCGCAGCCGUCCCGGUCAGGCACCUCAGGGUGGCGCCUCGCCCGUCUCCCCCGCUACUCCCGGCGAUGCGGACGGACCCGGCGGCGCGGGGGCGGCCAACCCGAACGCCAAGAAGGUCAGAGCCCUGCAGAAGAAGAUCCGGGCGAUCGAGGACCUCGAGAUGAGGCUCGCCGGCGGAGAGAAGCUGGAGGAGACGCAGGUCAAGAAGAUCAACACCAAGAAGUCCGUGGUUGACGAGCUCGCAGCCCUGGGCGGGCACGCAUAGGCUGUUGUGUCGUCACGCGUAGGGUGUGUGUCGUGCAGCUGUGCGAUGGCGUUGGUACCUGGAAAGAGGGGGGGGAGGCGAGGUGUGAAAGCCUCGGGCUUCUGACUCCCUUCUGGUAGGCCUGUGGCGC